AUGUCUUCGUCAUCACAAGAGCGCGCUCCCCGCAAGCAGAAGAAGCAGCCCCAGCAGCAGGUGUACGAGGAGUCUGGCUCCGAGUCCUCAGGCUCUGAGGAGCCCGCGCCCCCUCCUAAGCGGUCCAACCGUCGCAACCGCCAGCAGCAGAGCAACCAGCAGAUGAUGCAGCGGCAGCAGGGCGGGCCCCUGGGCGGCAUGGACGGCGUGGGCCAGACGGCACAAAACCUCGGCGGCGGCGUCACCAACACUCUGGGACAAGUUGGCGGCCAGGCGCUCGGCCAGCAGGGCGGCGGUGGUGGCAGCGGCAAGAGUGAUACCCUCCGGCUGCGGCUGGACCUGAACUUGGAUAUUGAGAUUACACUCAAGGCCAAGAUCCAUGGUGAUCUUGAGCUGGCUCUGCUUGAGACAUAAGAAGAAGAAAAAAGGAAUGGUUGACUCCGACGCCCGUCGCCGUGCCUUGACCACCACCAAUUUGAGAAGGAGGAUGCAACACAACAAUUUCUUGUACAAUUAGCACUCUUCCUGUUUUUCUUUUUCUCUUUUGUUGGUUGCUCGCAGUGUUUGUCCCGAGCAAAUUAUGGCCCGACCGUCCUGUUUUCCACAUCAUGUCCAAGAAAAGAAGAGAAAAGGAAAGAAAAAAAAGAGGAAUGUUCGGAGACUAAUCCUUGGGACGCACUAGGAAUUGAGAAUGCAGAGAUCGUGAACGCCGUCAGAGCGGAACGAUCACUUUGUGGAGGGGGUGGGAGUGUUUUGAUAAUUUUUCUUUGUUUUUCCCCCUUUCGUCUUUUUGGGAAUUCCCUUUGAUUCCCGGUUGUUCUUCAGCGGUGUUUUGGUGGACGGGGCUAUGCUCAGACAUGAUUUGGUGGCUUUAUGCCCCGCUAGAACCCCCCAAUUCUUCAGCGGGCGGGAUGAUUACGACUGCUUAUGGAAAUUCAAUGCGAUUUAUUGAUUGCCUC